CUGGCUCGGUUCCUCCAACUCCACAAGAGAUCCAGAAUGGUGUUAGGUCGCCAAUGGUUCAAAACCAGUUCAAUAUGCCAUUUUCUAGUAACCAAGCUACUAGAAAUGGUACUCCAAAUCAGAAUUUAAACCAGAGACCUUCUCCUCAAGCUCAGAAACAAAACGUUUCAGGACCACCGACACCCGUACAGGCAUCGCAACAGGCACAAACACCACAGGUGCAGAAUAAUAACCAGCCGAGUGCUGAACAAAGGCGUUUGAAUCAACAGCUCAGUUCGAUUCAGGUUGACCUCUUCAUGAAAACACUUACUGAUUAUAUGAGAGCUAGGGGAACCCCAAUUAACACUAUUCCUGUUGUUGGUGGAAGAAGACUUCAUCCAUUCUUCCUUUAUGCAAUUGUUGCAAGAUGGGGUGGUUCCGCUAAUGUGUCGAGACAAAAUCAAUGGGGUCUUGUUGGGCAAAAAUUGGGUUUAAAUGUCGAUCAGAACCCUCAAUUAAUUAGAGAUUUGACAAAGGUUUACGUUGAUUAUCUUUAUCCAUUUGAGCAAUAUGCGUCUACUCCAGAAGGUCAAAGAGAUUUGCAAAGUAGAAGACAGUUAUUGCAGAAACAACAAGAGGCUAUUUUACGCCAGAGACAACAAGAACAACAAGCUCCAUCUGCUCCUGCUCCUGCUCCUGCUCCUGCUGUUGCUCCUACUCCUGCUCCUGCUGCUGCCAGUGCGCCAUCCCCUGUCAUCCAGCAGUCACCAGCUCAACAGCAUCUGCCAACGCCGUCUAAUUCAGCUCCUCAGGUUGCUCAAGUUCUUCAGCCACAGCAAAACAUAGUUGUUCCUGCCCAACAAAAGCAGCAACCUGUUUCUCAGCAUACAAGUCAACCACCAACGCCAAUGGCUCAACCUCCGCGACCUGUCUCUAGAGACGCUACUUCUCCAUUCGCCCAGCCUGGUGCCAGAGUUAGUGUAUCUCAGCAAGGAGGCUCAAAGAAUAACUCACCGUUGGUGUCCAACACUAAUGUGAGUCCUUCAGUUAUCUCUAGACCACCAUCAGAGACUAAUGUUCCUACCCAAGUUGAAUCUCCUCCAAUUCUUCCGCCUAACAUCAUCAGAAAUUACAUCCCAGAGCAUAGAAUUGUUGACUACCAUGGUGGAUUCGAUAUCAAGGUGUUAUCUCAAGUUGGUGAACAAAUUGAUACGGCAAAGCCAAUAUUUUUGUUCGCACCGGAACUGGGUGCUAUUAACAUACAUGCUUUGACAAUGAGCCUAGAAUCUGGUUGUAUUUCUGAGGUUAAUACUGCUUUGAACACUAUUCUAGUGACAUCUGCUGAUAAUGGUUUGACCAUACCGUUGCCUGAAUGUCCUGAAUUUUUGGAUGCUAUAACAACACUCGGCUUGCGUGUUUUGGAUCAACUAUUAAAAGGUACUAAUGAUAGAAUUAAGGCUGGUGCGGAUGAUAUCGAUAUUGAAAUUAUAACCCCUCAGGCAUCAUCAAACAUUGACGAAGUCUUCUCCAAAUACGUGAAGGAUGAUGAAGAAUAUGACGAAACCGAAAUUCGGAUAGACUCUUUUAGUGGUGAACCCAUUGAAGAGACUGAAGACUCCAUUGACGUUGAAUCUGUACCGGAUACAGUGGCUAUGGAUAUGGAUGAACCAGAAUCCAAUGGGGUUUCUAGACAAGAAGUAUCUUCUAUGCCACCUAAUUUUAACAUUCCAGAGAAGUUUGAAAUCCCAUCUUACUUUGAAAUGUUGACUGCCGUUCGUUCAGAAACAGAAGAUCCGUUCAGCACAAUCCAUGUGAGGACUGCAGAGGACCCUCAGGUAUUACUCAUCGAUCAGCUUACAACCAUAUCAAUGAUUCUCAGAAACAUCUCAUUCACAGAUUACAACUCCAAGGCACUUGCGAUGAAUGAGAAUGUAAAAGAUCUAUUAUUCAGAAUCAUACACGCUAUUGCAACUAAUGGAGAUAAAUUUAUCUUCACUAGACGCAGACUUGGUUUCUUGAAGGAUAGUUUGAUUAUCCUCACAAAUAUAUCGCACUUGCUUGAGCUCAGAUCCCAUAAUGAAGCUUUAUGUGCAUUGGCUCUUGUCUUAACCUUUGGCAGUGAUCCUCAAACAGAUGAAACUAUGUUAAUCCCAGACUAUGUUCCAUCCACCCACAAAUAUCUCUCUCAUGGUGUUGAUGUGCUCACAAAACUUUUGGUUAGAGAUCCUCCUAAUAGAUCACUAUUCCAAGCAGUUAUGACUGGUAUCUAUGACUCGUCGGUCCAUCCACUUGUUGUUGAAGAGAAUAAGAAGUUAGUGGCCUUGUACACUGGAGACCAAGGAGAAUUUUUCCUUAUUUCAAGGGUGUUCAAGUAUUUGUUGUCUGUGAUUCCAUUCAACUCUUUAGCUCUACAUCCAUUGUUGCAGGAGAGAGAGGCUGUCAUUCUUCAGGCUCUUCUUUCAGCGUUGUUGGUUGUCGAUAUGGUCCCAACUGAUCAAUUGAAGCAAAAUAUGCCUUUGACUUGGUUGUGCAGUACGGAAUCUAUCGGUCAUGGCUUAAUUAGACUUGGUUUGCUAUUAGCGCCAUUUUCUGCUGAACCAAACAAUAACGAUGCAUUGAAGCAAAUUUCAAAGAGAGCAUUGCUGUUGGUAAAUGAACUCGCAGACAAAGCUCUACAACUGAUUGAAUUCUUGGGUAAAGAAGAUGACAAGAACAAACUCAAAGACAUCAAGCUACAUCUCUCGCCUGACUCUAUCCUCGGUUCAAUGCUCAGCACAAUUGACCCUAUGAUACUAGACCAAAUUAUGGCAUUAUACUCGCGUAUUGAAAGAAUCAACAAGAGUAUUGAAAGUGUUGCUUAAUCAAAACUAUAUAUUUGAUUUGUACUAUUGUUUAAAAUAAUAUGUUUUCCACCUUUU